CGGCUCUUGUCCGCUUCGGACGUACGGCUGUAGCUAUGCGGUCAAGGUUUCUUUGGAGUGUUUUUCGGGGCUUUGGGGCCCGUCAGGCUGCUGGCUCGCUCCGCCGACACGUAAGCUGCGGUAGCCUUCCACUGGAGGAGCUGUUCGCCCGCGGCGGACCCCUACGGACCUUCCUCGAGCGCCAGGGAGGGUCUGAAGUCCAGUUGCAGGUCAGGCGGCCUGAGCUGGUGGCGGUGGCCAAGCUUCUGAACGAGAAGGAGCAUGAGCUGCAGGAGAUCGGGCACCUGCUACACGAUGAAAAUGAAGACUUAAGGAAACUUGCAGAGAGUGAAAUAACUUCAUGUCAGAAAGAAAUAGCUCAAUUGAAGCAUCAGAUUAUCUUACUUUUGGUUCCCUCAGAAGAAACGGAUGAAAAUGAUUUGAUCCUGGAGGUAACUGCAGGAGUUGGGGGUCAGGAGGCAAUGCUGUUUACUUCAGAGAUAUUUGAUAUGUAUCAGCAGUAUGCUGCAUUUAAAAGAUGGCAUUUUGAAACCCUGGAGUAUUUUCCAAGUGAAAUAGGUGGCCUUAGGCAUGCAUCUGCCAGCAUUGGGGGUUCAGAAGCCUAUAAGCACAUGAAAUUUGAAGGAGGUGUGCACCGAGUUCAGAGAGUGCCCAAGACAGAGAAGCAGGGCCGCAUCCACACCAGCACCAUGACUGUGGCGAUCUUACCCCAACCCACUGAGAUUAAUCUGGUGAUUAAUCCUAAAGAUUUGAGGAUUGAUACUAAGCGAGCCAGUGGAGCUGGGGGGCAGCACGUAAAUACCACAGACAGUGCUGUCCGGAUAGUUCACCUCCCGACAGGUGUUGUUUCCGAAUGCCAACAAGAGAGAUCUCAACUGAAAAAUAGAGAGAUGGCUAUGAAAAAGUUACGUGCAAAACUAUACAGCCUGCAUGUAGAAGAAGAAACAAGUAAACGAUACAAUGCUAGAAAGAUUCAGAUUGGCACUAAAGGAAGGUCAGAGAAAAUAAGAACAUACAAUUUUCCACAGAACCGGGUCACAGAUCACAGAAUAAACAAGUCACUUCAUGAUCUUGAAACUUUCAUGCACGGAGAGUACCUACUGGAUGAACUUGUACAGUCACUGAAGGAUUAUGCUAAUUAUGAAUCUUUGGUAGAAAUUAUUUCCAACAAAGUUUAAGUUGAUUUGUUAUUAAAGACUUGUAUAGCUUAUGAAAAUUCUAUUACAGCAAGUCACACUGUGUACAUACAGUAUUCUCUUGAAACACAUGAGUUAACACAGUUGGGAGUAACAUGUUUUUAAUACAUAGGUAAUUUAUA